GAAAAAAUCAUCACUGAGUUUUGCGUUACACCAGCACUGUCGGAACGAGCUACAAAUAUUUUGUACGUAGUGGACGUCAAAUUUUUUGUGUAUAAUUUUUAAUAAAUUUCUAGUGUAAACGAAUUAUUGCAAAAUUUUCAGUGCAUUUUUUUGAAGGAACUAUUGUUUGGCAUUUUAGCUAUAAGCAGAUUUACAAAAGUUCUGGUGUAAGUUUUAUAAUAUUUGUACAAUGAAAAUUGUCACAAUUUUUUUACUACUACUGAGAAAAUGACACGAAGAACAAUCAAUUGUGUACUCCAUCUUGUUUAUAUUUUUUGUAUUGUAUGCAUUUGUUUGUUUAUUUUACCUUAGUAAAUUAUGCUAUAUUUGCAAUAAGCAUAAUCUCAAACCGUGGAAUAUAAAAUAUGCAAAAGAAAAUGCAAAUGCUAACGGAUGUCUAACUGGAAUCGUGCUGUUGGAUUCCAAGCUGAUUUCUCUAGCAAAUAGUGGCAAAUCAAAUAACGGCUGUGUAUAGUUUGUGGUACCAACAAAAUUCAGGAAAUGCAGUUGUAUAAACAGUUUCUGAUUGGAAAAUAUACAUUCUAUUUUUACCUUACAAGCAUAAUUAUUUUAGUCCAUUAAAAUAGAUAUAUGUACAUUUCCUAAACUAAAAUAUUAAUUAGAGCAUAUUUUGAAUUAAAAAACAAAUUAAAUAAUUGCUAAGUUUCAUUAUAUUAAAAAUUUAAACGCUUCACUCUAUAUGCUAUAUACUUUUUAAUUAACAUACCUAAAUACAUAUGUACAUGCACAUACAUAUAUUCCUAAAUUUGCUGAUAUUUAUUUAUAAAUAAAAAUGAACCGGAAACAAAAACAAGGAAGCAUUAUCACGGCAAACGCGUUCAUUUAAAGUACACUCAAGUGAAACAAUUGCGCAUAUAAUUAAACGUCCAAUUAACAUAUGUUAAAAGUUUUGCAUAUACUUGUAUACGCUCUUGUUCUCUGUUGUUCAAUUAUUGGUGUUGGUAUAUAAACUUGGGAGACUGCUUACUUGUCAUCGACCUCAACCCCGCGGCAAAUCACCUGCCCACAAAUACCCACAUUUGUAUGGCCGACAACGACGUGCAACGACUACCUACGUGUUUAAUAUAAAUACAUAUGUAUGUCCAUAGAGCAAUCCAUGAACUCUCUUGAACCAAUUCGAUUGUUGUGCUGCGUCAAAUUGAGAUGUUGGCAGUUUCAGUCGUCAAUCGCGUUCAUUAGCUCACCACACACUUCAACAUAAAAAGAAUUUAUGCAUAAUUGAAUAUAUUCGAUUUCGGUUUUAUUUUGUUUAUUCUCGUUUUGACAUUGUUUUCUACGCAGCUGUUUUGUGAAUUUUGAAAUUUACGAAUUUAAUAUAAUUUGCGAGCAUAAGCUAAUUUAAAUAAUUUCUGAUUAAAACAAAAACAUAUAAAUAUUUAUACAUAUGAUAAGUUGCGUCGCAGUGAUAAAAUAAUAAUUGUAAAAGCUUCAAACAAAAACUGACAAACAAAAUGAUUUUGAAAGUUCCUUCAAAUGAUUGGUCCGACCAAUUUGAAUAUGUAGUGGAGGAGGAUGAUUCGUUAUCAGAUUUAGAAGAUGAACAAGAUUUCUCUGAGUAUCUAUGGAUGGAGAAUGAAGAAGAGUUCGAUAAGAAUGAAUUAAAACGUCUCGAAGAAGAGGACAUUAUGAAAGAGUGCAUUGAAGCAAUGCUGGAAGACGAACUUGAAGCGGAACUGGCUGAAUGGCAGAAAGCAAAAACCGAAGAGUUAAAUGCUGCAUUAUCCUCGCUAGCUGUGAGCGAAUGCAAUGUUGAACAUUCCAUUCUGAAUCCGCUGGCCGCUGAGUUUGUACCACAAAAGCAUAUAAUUGGACUGGGUACUUCAUAAACUUAAUAUUAACUAAUAACGCCCUUAACAAGAAUAUAACGCAACACUCGACGAUCAAAUCAAAUCACCAACGGAACGCAUCAGCAAAAACUAUAUAAAAUUGUACGUAAUGACCCGAAUAACACACAAACUCAAACCAAAACAAAAAGUAAACAAAAAAAAUUCUAAUACUCUUACUAAAGUAUAUUUUAAGAAUACAAAAGCAAAACACAACAAAAAAAACUAAUAAACCUCCAUGACAACGCUGCGCUGUAAUGUGGGUAAUAUUUACUCGCUAUUAUUUGCAAGCAUUGAUCAAUAAAUAAGAGAGGUACAUAAAACUACGAAUAAAAAAUACAAAAACACAUAUGAAGUAUACCACAAAAAAAGCUUAAAACUUAAAACCUAACGAAAGCUUAAAAUAAUUUUAAAUUACGUUAAAUUACUCAAACUGACAGUUUGUUGCCCUGCAUUAGUUCCAAAAUUUUUAAAGCUAAUCAUUUAGAAAGUUGUUUGUUGCAAGUCCAACGUACAAAUUGCUUUUAAUUUAUUGUGGGUAUUCACACAUUUAUAUAGAUAUAUUUUUUCAUAAUUACCUCAACAAAUUGCUUUCGAAUCGUCCUUGUCUUUAUUUUGGAGACGUGCUAUUUGAUUCAGGAAGACACUUGCCUCAAACUGCAUUAAUAGUGCAAACGAGAAUGAGAGCAUUUUGGUCAUUUUUUGUUUGUUAUAAAAACAUUUAACUAGUUUUAAAUAAGUAAUAAAAUGAUAAAUUGUUAGUCCAGGAUUUUAGAAGAUUUAAAAAUUCCGAAUGUGAUCAUAAUUACUGUAACUUUCUCUAUCAACUGUUCAUAAAUGUGUUUUUUUUCCUACUGUUCUUACAUUUUACUUAUGCGUUUGAAAUUCAAUACACCAUUAAAUUAUAUCGUGAUAAACCGAUACAUUAUCCAAAUACGCAUAUACAUACACAUACAUAUAUGUAAUAUUGUCCAGUCUAUAGUUGUAUAUUUUAUUGUACUAAAUUCUAUAUAAACUACACCGACAUGCCCAUCACUACCUUCGUUUAGCUUUAAUGGGAAUUUUGUACGAUUAUAUGUAAUUUAAAAUUGAGCAAAAAAAAUUAAUAAAGUCAAAUGUAAUGUCAGAAAUUACAAGUAUACAUACAUAAGAGGCGUCUUGAUAUGCUUAAUCAAUAAAGCAAAUCUUAAUAAAUGCAAUAAACAUGUACAGAUAUACAGUAAUUAAAAAAUAAUUAUUAUUAAAUUAACGUAGUAUAUAUUUUAUUUAAUAAAUGCCCAGGCAGAAUACUAAAUUGAAUAUGGUAGAUGCUCUAAUAAUAGUUAACUUUGCCAACUCUUUAUAUACAUAUAUAAAUACAUAUAUAAUAUAUACGCCACUCCAACUUUAUGUAUGUAUGUAUUUCUACAUCAGCCUCAUAAUGUUGACCUGCUUUGUGCAAGAAUUAUCUCAAA